AUGGGGGAUGUGGCGCGGGAGGACGGGGCCGUUGGGGAGAAGUUGGUCGCAGGCAAGCUGGCCGACAUGUACGCAGCUACGGGGGCCUGCAGGGCAUACGUGUCUGCAGUGGCGCAUGAUGCCGACGCUGGCCGCGCCAACCGCAAGGACUGUGCAGCUGUGAUUCUCUUCAACGCGGAACGUGCGACCCAGGUUGCGCUUGAUGCUAUACAGGUGCUUGGUGGCAACGGCUACGUCAACGAUUAUCCCACUGGUCGGUUGCUGCGGGAUGCAAAGCUCUAUGAGAUUGGGGCAGGCACGUCUGAGAUACGGCGCAUGCUGAUUGGGCGGGAGCUCUUCAAGGAGGCGGAGCAGUGA